GAAGCAGAGCUGUGCGCCAGCGGCGCCGCGGCGGAGCCACCGCCCCCACCGCUGUGCCGCUGCUUCGCCCCGCUGGGGACCCGGGGAGCGCGGCGCCGGGCGCCCAGAUGGUCCUCGGCCGGCGGCGGCGGCUGAGGCGGAGGGAGGAUGACCUCUCCUCGGGAGCGGGGUGCCGACCUGGCCCGUUUCUACACGGUCACCGAGCCUCAGCGACACCCGAGGGCUACACGGUGUAUAAGGGUCACCGCCCGGGUUAUUUCACGAAGAAAUCCAGAGGAUGUCCAGGAGGGAGAAUCCUGAACCAACCUAUCAUGAACAUACUCUCUGCCAUUUCCUUAAUCCUUUUUUUGGAAAAACUCUUUUAUAAUAACAACUGUUGGUGAGCCAUUCAUCAGAAAACUCUUAUAAUCGUGUGGAAGAGAUACAGUGACUUUAAGAAACUACACAAAGAACUAUGGCAAAUUCAUAAAAACUUAUUUCGACAUUCAGAAUUGUUUCCUCCAUUUGCUAAAGGAAAAGUGUUUGGACGAUUUGAUGAAACUGUUAUUGAAGAGAGAAGACAGUGUGCCGAAGACCUGCUACAGUUCUCUGCCAAUAUUCCUGCUCUUUAUAACAGUAAACAGCUUGAAGAUUUUUUCAAGGGUGGAAUAAUUAAUGAUGGUUCUGAAUUGAUUGGUCCUGUUGAAGCUUAUUCGGAUUCCCUCACUGAUAGCUUUCCUGAGUGUAGUACGGAAGGCUUCUCCAGUGACAGUGACCUGAUAUCUCUUACUGUCGAUGUGGAUUCCCUUGCUGAGUUAGAUGAUGGAAUGGCUUCCAAUCAAAAUUCUCCCACUAGAACUUUUGGUCUCAAUCUUCCUUUGGAUCCUUCAGCACUAGGGGCUGUUGCUUAUGACAGUGAGCAGAACAAGACAGAAGAACGGGAAAAUCGUAGCCUCUUUCCUGGCAGUUUAAAAUCCAAGCUUGGCAAGAGAAAUUAUUUGGAGAAAGCAGGAGAAUUCAUAAAGCUGGCUUUAAAGAAGGAAGAAGAAGAUGACUAUGAAGCUGCUUCUGAUUUUUAUAGGAAGGGAGUUGACUUACUUCUAGAAGGUGUACAAGGAGAGUCAAGCCCUACCCGGCGAGAAGCUGUGAAGAGAAGAACAGCAGAGUAUCUCAUGCGAGCAGAGAGUCUCUCUAGCUUUCAUAGAAAAGCUCAAUUUGAUGAAGUAGCUCAGGUUUUACUUGUAAUGGACACAAGGACAGAACAGACAUUCAUUUUAAAAGGUCUAAGGAAAAGCAGUGAAUACAGCAGGAACAGAAAGACCAUCAUCCCCCGCUGUGUGCCCAACAUGGUGUGUCUGCACAAGUACAUCAUUUCUGAGGAGUCGGUAUUUCUUGUGCUGCAGCAUGCAGAAGGUGGCAGACUGUGGUCAUAUGUCAGUAAAUUUCUCAACAGAAGUCCUGAAGAAAGCUUUGACAUCGAGGAAGUGAAAAAACCUGCACUUACGAAAGUUCACCUGCAACAGCCAACUUCCAGUCCUCAGGACAGCAGCAGCUUUGAAUCCAGAGGAAGCGAUGCUGGACCCACGCCUCAGGUUCUGCCUCUGAAAAGUAGUCUUACCCUGAGCUCUCAAGAUGAUAGCAACCAAGACGAUGAUGGCCAAGAUAGCUCACCAAAAUGGCCAGAUUCUGGCUCAAGUUCAGAAGAAGAAUGCACUACUAGUUAUUUAACCUUAUGCAAUGAAUACGGGCAAGAAAAGAUUGAACCAGGGUCACUGAAUGAGGAGCCUUUCAUGAAGACUGAAGGAAAUGGUGUUGAUACCAAAGCUGUUGAAGGCUUCCCCACGCACCUUGUUGCUGACAGCGACAGCCCCAGCACCCAGCUGAUGGCACAUGAGCUUAAAUUCUUCCCUGGAAAUGAUGAUCUGGAAACAGUUAGUUCUCCAAGGACAUCAGAUUCCCUCAGUAGAUCUAAAACCAGCUCCAUGGAAUUCUUUAGGAUAGACAGUAAGGAUAGCACUAGUGAGCUCCUAGGACUUGAUUUUGGAGAAAAAAUGUAUAAUCUAAAGUCAGAGCCUUUGAAACCAUUUUUUACUCUUUCAGAUGGAGACAGGAGUUUUAAUAUUAGUGAAAGCAAGGUUAUAGCUCAGGACACCAUUAGCAGGGGCUCUGAUGACUCUGUUCCAGUUAUUUCUUUUAAAGAUGCUGCUUUUGAUGAUAUCAGUGGUACUGAUGAAGGGAGGCCUGAUCUUCUUGUAAACCUACCUGGUGAAUUGGAACCAACAAAAGAUGGUGCAGCAAUGGGACCUACUAAGUUUACACAGACUAAUGUAGGCAUAAUAGAAAGUAAACUAUUGGAAGCCCCCGAUGUUUUAUGCCUCAGGCUUAGUGCUGAACAGUGCCAAGCACAGGAAGAAGCAGGUGCAGAAGAAUUGAGUGACCCCUCUAGGCUUCCAUCUGAUGGUAUAACAGAGAAACACCAUGUAGAGGGGGGUCCUGGGAUGUUAUUUGUAGCUGCUGUUGAUCAUAGUAGUUCAGACAUCUCCUUGAUGCAUAGCCCACAACCUAACUUUCAAGAACUUGGAGUGGUCGAGUCGGCAGUGACUGCAAACAACACAGAGGAAAGCGUAUUCCCUGCUUCUGACCCACUCUCAGGUGCUAACGAAUACAAUGCAGACACGGACACUUUAAAAAGUGAGGAAGUAUUGCUGUUUACAGAUCAAGCUGAUGAUUUGGCUGAAGAGGAACAGACUUUAUUUCAGAGAGACUCUGCGACUAAGGAAGCCAGUGGGCUAGCACUAGAAGGAGACAAGGAGAUACAUCAGAUUUUUGAGGACCUUGAUAAAAAAUUAGCACUACACUCCAGGUUUUACAUCCCAGAGGGCUGCAUUCAGAGAUGGGCAGCUGAAAUGGUGGUAGCCCUUGAUGCUUUACACAGAGAGGGAAUUGUGUGCCGCGAUUUGAACCCAAACAACAUCUUAUUGAAUGAUAGAGGACACAUUCAGCUAACGUAUUUUAGCAGGUGGAGUGAGGUUGAAGAUUCCUGUGACAGCGAUGCCAUAGAGAGAAUGUACUGUGCCCCAGAGGUUGGAGCAAUCACUGAAGAAACUGAAGCCUGUGAUUGGUGGAGUUUGGGUGCUGUCCUCUUUGAACUUCUCACUGGCAAGACUCUGGUUGAGUGCCAUCCAGCAGGAAUAACUACUCACACUACUUUGAACAUGCCAGAAUGUGUCUCUGAAGAGGCUCGCUCACUCAUUCAACAGCUCUUACAGUUCAAUCCUGUGGAGCGUCUUGGUGCUGGAGUUGCUGGUGUUGAAGAUAUCAAAUCGCACCCAUUUUUUACUCCUGUGGAUUGGGCAGAACUGAUGAGAUGAACAUAAUGCAGGUUAUUUGCAUGCAUUCUGACCUUCUCUGGGCAGGCAUCCCCAGCACAGAGGCAGCGCAGCCUCGGUUUCUUUGCAAGCACCAAAGCAUUGAGAGGAAGUGGAGGAUAAAAAGCCUAAAAGAGAACAAUUCCUUACAGUUACCACAUGGACAAGAUAUCGGUACAUUGCAAGAAGCUGUACAAACCUUUAAUGAAGGUGUGAUCUUUUUUAAACUACACUUAGUGUUGCAGAUGAGUCGUAAACCCAACUGAAAGGAAUGCCCAUCAAGAACUUCCUCUGGUAUGAAACUCCAAGUGUACAAUCAAGUGUUACUUGAAAGGAGGACCUUUACAUGGCAGCUAACUACGCUUUCUGCUAACCAAGAUUGGUUUAUAUGAUCAAAUUAAUAUUUGUUGAAUAAUAUAUAAAAAGUGCUUCAUGAAUAAUGACAUCUGUGGAGAUUAAAAAGUGAGAGAAAGAAGAAUAUACUCAUCAUGUCUGAUAGGAAACUUGCACCAUGAUGCUGUAUAAUUAAUAUAUGUUGAAUAUGAUCCCAAAUUGUUUCAUGCUUUCAGAAGUCCACAUGGAAAGAAAACACUUCAUGGGGUCAACUUUGUACAUGGUUGGUUGGUACUGCUUAUGGAAGGGUUCAUAUAAACACUCUCUUCUCUUUGACACUAUCUUUCCUCUUCCCUGGCCUAUUCUGUAAUAUUCUGUUCUUCCUACCCCUACUAAUACAUAUGCAACAAAAAAGGGAAGAGGGAGUAUUUAUGUCCCCAAAUUGUAUCAACUUAAUAAGGACUAAGAAAUCAUGAUGUGAAAUAAAUGUGGUAAAAAAUUAAA